AUGGAUCAAAGCCGACUUGAUCACAUUCCGGCUAAACCAGGCGUUUACUUGUGGAAAGAUCAAAUCGGCGAAGUUUUAUACAUUGGCAAAGCUAAAAAUCUUCGCCACCGCAUGCGUCAGUAUUUUCGCGGAAUGCUUAAUUCUUACAAAACCGCCGCUUUGGUAGAGCAAAUCUCAGACUUUGACUACGUGAUCACUCCUAACGAGAGAGACGCGCUGAUCUUGGAAAAAAACUUCAUCGAGAAACACCUUCCCAAGUUCAACGUCAAACUUUUAGACGAUAAGCACUACCCUUACAUUGAAGUCCGUCGCAACCAAAAAUUGACCAUCAAAACGCUCUACCGGAUCCGCUCGCAGCGGGCAACCAAGCACGCUUUUUACUACGGACCUUUUCCGACUGGUUUUGGCGUCCGUAAAAUAGUCAACCUUUUGAACCGGAUGUACGUUUACGAAAAAGGCUUGCCGAUUGUAAAUUUUGAACCCGCUAGUUUAGAAAGCAAGUUUCGAGAAAUUAAACGACUGCUCUCUAGUCAAACAGGUGCUUUGAUUAAAUUUCUCAAGGCAAAGAUGGAGUCGCACGCCGAAAAAGAGAACUAUGAAAUGGCGCACGAAAUCAAACAAACGAUUGAAGCUCUGCAAGUUUUAGAAAACCAUCAGACCGCCCGCAUUAACAAUUUAAAAAAUGUCGACGUAAUUGUGUUUUUAGAACAAGCGGGUUACAUCGCUGUCUCGAUGCUUUUUUACCGUCAGGGCAACCUUUUAUCUCGUUACGAAAAAAUCGUCGAAAAAAUUGCACCCACGCUGGACACGGUGCGCCAGUUUGUUAGUCAGUAUUACCAAUCCAAUCUCAAACCCGACUUGCUACUUUCCAACUUAAACUUUGAAAGCACCGAUUUUCAAAUCGUCGUACCGCGCCAAGGCAACAACAAAAAAAUCGUCGAUCUAGCGAUUGAAAAUGCCAAAGAUAACUUGAGUGAAAAGUUAAAACAAUUCCAAUUAGUCCAAUCCAGCCAGCAGAAAGUUUUGCAGGAGUUGAAAGAUCUUUUGGGACUAGAGCAUCUUGGUCAAAUUGACGUGGUAGACACUUCCCACACUAACAACACUUUACCGAUCGGUGUGGUAGUUGUUUAUCAGGACGGAGUCAAAAUGCCGCGCAAAUUUCGCAAAUACAGUUUGGCUGCCACUGGUCGCCAAGCUGACGUUGAAUACAUGGGUCAGCUUUUAACUAAACACUACCGCGAGCGCGACAACGCUUGGCCGAGUCUAUUAAUCGUUGACGGAGGUAGAGCUCAGCAAAACGUGGCUCAAAGUCUUUUGCCUGGCUUAGCAGUCGUAGCGCUUGGUAAAAAUCGGUCCCAUAAAACCGACUAUUUGCUCAGUCAGUCCGGGCAGAGGAUUAAGUUGAAAAAGUCUAAUUUGUAUAAUUUUCUUAGCGGGGUGCAAAUCGAAGUUGAUCGCUAUGCCAAAGUGAUUCACCGUCGGAAAAGACAAACUACGUUGGAAGGUGUUUUGACCAGCGUCAAGGGAAUUGGCCUUGCGACUGAGAAAAAGUUGCUGGAGUACUUUGGUGAUUACGCUAGCAUUUACAACGCUUCGAUUGACGAGUUAACCGAGGUUGUGCCACUGCGGUUAGCCAGAGCUAUCAAAGAUAGGUUGGGAGAAAAAUAA